AUGGCGUCCGGCAUCAUCCUCUUCCUGUUCGUAGGCUGGGCGUGUUGGUCGGAGGUGUCGACCGCCAGCCCACAGCCCAACAUUGUAGUAUUCCUGGUCGAUGAUUUAGGCUGGAGUGAUGUAGGUUUCAACGGAGCAGAGUACACCACGCCGACUAUUGACCGAGUGGCCGGGGAAUCGCUAAUUUUAAAUCGGUACUACGUCCAGAGCUCCUGCUCGCCAUCCAGAACUGCUCUGCUGUCCGGCCGCUACCCGCAUCGCUUCGGGCUAGCGCACACCAUCAUAACCAAUGGCUUCGACAUGAGUGUCCCGCCGGAAUACGACACGUUAGCGGACGAGCUGCGCGGCGCCGGAUACGCAACGCACAUGGUCGGCAAGUGGGAUAUCGGAAUGAGCCACUGGUCGAAUACGCCGACAUUCCGAGGCUUCGACUCGUUCGUAGGAUAUUUAGGUGCCGCGACGGAUCACUACACGCACAAGCUUCCCGCAGUACCAGGCGUUAUCGGUCAGGGGGCUAACGCCAUACCCGGUACUGACGGCAUUGAUUUGCGCAACGGAACGGAGUCCUUGACCCAUCUUGAGGGAACGUAUGGUGCGGAGAUAUUCACCAGAAGGGGCGUGGAGGUUAUACGCAACCAUCCGUACCAUCGAAACCCCCUGUUCCUGUACUUCGCCAACCAGGUUGUACACACGCCAUUGCAGGCGCCGAAAGCAUACAUAGAAGCAUGCUCGCACAUUGCCAACCCGACGCGUAGGAUAAUGUGCGCCAUGGCCAAGGUGUGCGAUGACAAUUUGAAGGAUGUUGUGGACGCGUUGAACGACGCUGACCAGUGGAACAACACUGUGCUGCUGUUCAUGACGGAUAACGGCGGUCAAACAUCAGCCGGUAGCAGUAACCAGCCAUUCCGCGCUGGAAAGAUGACGGUUUUCGAAGGCGGUGUGCACGGCGUGGCAUACAUUUACGGCCCCGUGGUGGGAAUAACAGGAGGGCAGUCUACGGACGUGCUGAUGCAUACCGUGGAUUGGCUACCGACGCUGGUGCAUGGUGUAGGUGGAAAAUUGGCCCGAGAUUCAUCCAGUCGUGAUAACGAUGGUGGUCACCGUGAUAAUGAGCUGCUACCCCUGGACGGCUACAACAUGUUAGCGGCAUUGACUGGAGACGCGCCGUCAGAGCGCCACGAAGUUCUGUUGCAGUACGACCCUCCAUUCCACAAGGAGGACUGGUACCAGGCGUCCUGGCCUGGCCAGGGCGCUUUGAUAUACGGUGAGUGGAAGUUGAUCAUUGGCACACCAGUGUGCUACUGCGAUGACAGGCAAGAACAGGCGAGUUCACGGCCGGGCUCACAGCGCUGUGACGACGGAUGGUUCCUGAACAACGGCACACAUCUGCCAGCACCGGCGAAGCAAAGCUGGACACGUCUCUAUCACCUGGGCCGUGACGCUGCAGAACGCUACAACGUAGCACCGUACUUCCCUCGCAUUGUCUCCUGGAUGCGCUCCCGGCUUGCACAUUACGGCGAGUCAUCACCCCCGCAGCUCACACCGGACUACGAUCCCAUGUCGAAUCCAGCCAAUUAUGGUGGAGUAUGGAGUCCAUGGUUGGGCAUGUAA